ACACGACGCGGGUUGAUGACGUGGGCACAUGGUCACGUGGUCAGAGACAUGGCGAUCUCCUCCACAGGCGUGGUUCUAUGGAGAAGCGGCUUUAAAGACGGCUGUAAGAGGCCGUAGUGUAUGUUCGGAAGAAGCAGAUUGAUGACUGUGAGCUGAUAGAGUUGUUGUUUUAGUCAGCAUGUCCUGGGUAACUGCAGUACCGCGGAGCGAUGAUGUUUUUGAUGAGGACCUGGAUGAACUCAGCCUUCCAAACAAAGAAUGGAGGUGCAGUAUGGAAAAGCGAGCUAAGGGAUGGGACUGGAAUGGACAAUGUGGUUUUCUAUCAGGAUGGUUUCAGGGAUGGAAUUGAUGCAGGCAAAGAGGCUUCCCUUCAGCAGGGCUUCAACUUGGGCUACAGAGAAGGAGCUGUUAAAAUGAAGGCUAUUGGUCAAUUCAAAGGAAUUGUUAGUGCUCUGCGGUCUUGGUGUCAGUCACAGCCGUCAAUUAGCUCAGAGCCCAUCACACAGCUGCUUCAGAAAGUAGAGAAACAUGAAGAAGGCAUAUUUGAGGCCAUGCGCAAAGCUCAGGAGCUGCCUUCUUCCAGUGUAUCAGAGCUUGUUGGAGAGAUGGAUGACCUGGGUGUAGAUCAGAGUGAUCGUGGAGGCUCUGACUGCUGCAGAAAUGAUGAAGGUAGUGAAUGUUGCCGGAAAGGACAGAGUGACCGCUGUGGAUGUGACGAGGACAUUAGUGAGAGUUCAGCUGGGACUCAUACUGAGAGUUUGUUUGUGAAGGACGAGAGUCUGGAGCAGUUACUUCACAGGUGUAUGGAGCUCGUGACUGAAAUGGGACUCCCUGAAGAGCUGAGGCUCCAUAUUCAACAGCUCCGAAGCACGUGUAUUUGAACUGAAUUUAUUAUACUACAAGUGAGCCACAAUUUCAUGGCUUGUUAUCAGUGUUAGAUUUUUACACAAAGCAUCAAAAUAAAUUAUUUCCAGAAAUCCAUAA